AACAUUGGAACGUCGCGCGAGGACAGCGAAAAGAUGGCGAUAUUCAGUUCCUUGGCUCGUUGUGGGGCUUUUUCGAGCCGCCUGGGAACGAUUUCGAACAAACCGGGAUUUUUGAAAGCAAGCAAAGAUGCGCUCGUUAGCACCCGCUCGAUGUCCGGAGGCCACGGACCGAAGAACUUCACCAUUACGCCGUCCCGCUUCCAGUGGCACAAGUUUAAGGAUACGUUCCACUACUACGUCAUGCUGGGGCUGAUUCCGGCCGGUGCCGUCAUCUUCUACGCGAACGUCUUCGUCGGGCCAGCAACGUUGACGGAAACGCCCGCCGAUUACACGCCCAAGCACUGGGAGUACCAUCGGCACCCUAUUUCGCGCUUCAUCGCCCGCUACCUGCUGCCCAACCCGCAGCAGGAGUAUGAAAAGAUGCUGCACCAUCUGUACGAGGAGGAAGAGAAGGCACACAUCCGUGCCCUGGAGAAGGCUGUGCGCGCGAAGAUGGCCGAACGGCACGAUUAUCAGUCGUACUACUAUCGCCCGGCAAUCGGCAAGUACCACCGGGUGGCCAAGGAGGCCGCAGACGAGCUGGAAGCUCUCCGUGGUGACUAAGGAGCUUGGCGAAAGCUUGUAGAAUGUAUAUGUUGGUUUAAAUAAACGUAACGUGGUGCUGCAGCGAA